AUGGCGAUGAUCACUCAUGUCGGCGGGUCUUUUCACCACACCUGUAACAGAGCAUGGUGCUUCACUUGCAGUCUCGUCAAGGAGACACAUGAUGGUCCUCAAGGUCUAGUUAGCAGCUCUCCUCUGCCAUUUCCCCAAUUCGCGGCCACGUGUCCCGAGAGCGAGCAGAUCCACUGCGGAACCAGCGAUCGAUGCACGAGGAUCCGCUACAUCUGCGACGGAGACAACGACUGCGGCGACUAUUCCGACGAGGAGAGCGCCAUCUGCGGGGCUUGGCGCAAUGAGUACUGCGAGCGAGGCUCCGUCAGGUGUCGCAGGAUGGGAGACACCAACUGCGUCACCAUCAGCCGCUACUGCGAGCUCUCCGACCCGCCGUGUGAGGGGGACCUGGACAUGCGUCUGUGUCAGAUGUUGAGGGAAGAAAAACUUCGACCUCUUGAAGAGAUCGUCCUGCCGUCAGAAGAAUCUGUUGUGAGACACUCAAGCAUGGAAGAGGUCGAGGCCUUGGGAGAAGAAUUCCUUGAAAAGAUCAACGCUACCAUCAGCCACCCCGACUGCCCUCAGUUCUACACCCGUGUGGGCGAUCGGUGCCUGUCCAUCUUCUCCUUUGGAAAGGUCAACUGGGGAGAAGCUCGUUCCUUCUGCAAGGCGAUUGGCGGCGACCUUCUCACCCUCCAUGACGGCGCAGACAAGUUCCACGAGCUCGUCCGCCACCUCCGCGAGCACCAUAUUGUAUCAGAUUUCUGGGUGGGAGGAAAUUUGAAGAACGAGACAGCGGGCUGGACAUGGAUCGAUGGCGCCCCCAUGGAAAUGGGCACCCCCUUCUGGACCCUCAGGUCUACCAGUGACUGCGAGCCUCGCACUUACUCACUCAAUCACAACUCAACGCGCGUGGCCAACGAGGGAACCUGCUACCACUACCAGCAGGCGCCCCACACUCCCGCCGAAGGCCACUGCGCCGCCCUCAACUACGAGAACUUCUUCUACUUGAGCGACGAGCUGUGCUUGGAACUGAAGAGUCCUUUGUGUUUGUUCCCGAGGAAGGUUUAGGCGAUCCCAAGCCACUUUGUGUCCUCAGAAUGCAUUGAGUGCUUUUCCUUUGUCUUUACGCACUCAUAAACCUGGAUCCCCUACUUAUCUUGCAUUACUGUAUUCUGAAUUGAAAAAAAAAAAAAAUGUUACAACUGUUUCUACUGAUACUUUUGUUAACUGUCUGCAAAUAAAAAAAUAUAUAAAUAU